AUGGCAGCUGCCUCUUCAUCUGCCUCCGCGCAGCCUCGUUCGUCAACAGCCAAGGCCCUGGCGCCUGCAACAACAAGUGCAAGUAUGACCUCGCGACUCCUUGCUGGAUCAGUUUAUGAUCCGAAGUUUUACCACAUGGUACUCCCUGAGAAUCGCCCAACAGACAUGGUCUUCUCUGUUCUGCUCUUUUCCGCACCCUUCAACAAUGAGCAGUAUCUUCACGAGGAGAAUCAUAAUUAGCUCUUUGUUUAUUCCUUCUCACAUUCUCCACCCAUACCCCUGAGCACUGCAGUGUCUUCAUGCAAAUGGCGGAUUUGUUGCAGAGAGUCUGACGUUGCCAACUGAUGUGAUUAAGGUGCGUUUGCAGCUGCAGCAAACAGCCUCGGCUGGCGGCACGACCAUAAGGUAUGCGGGCAUGUGGGACUGCGGUCGGAAAAUUGCCGCAACAGAGGGAUUUUUUGGUUUGUGGAAAGGUUACACGCCCGCGAUUCUGAGACAGGUAAAACUGGUAUUUAUUUUUAGUCAAAACCGGACUGACAGCAGUGCCUUGGCGUGGCGGUCCGGCUUCUAACUAAACUUCUGAGUUUUUGCUAAGUGCCAACCCUGCGCCUUGGAGGCGCUCCAGGCCUUGAGGUAGUCCUUAGGCUGGUCCUAUUAUCUUGCGCCUGUUGCAUGGUGCGCGGAGUACUGUAGUGAACAGCCCGCACAACCCCGGGCUCACCUUGCCCCCGCUAUUAUUAUUAUUAUUAUUCAAAACAUUUGCGUUAGUAGACAACUUCUACAUAUUUUUAGUCAGAGCUACAUUGUGCCUUUUCGUUAGAUGUACCUACAGGAACAGGUGGUCCUGGACCAGGUGAACUUCGAUUUCCCGGAGUUAUUGAAGCCGGUGUGUGCACCUGAUUGUAGGUUUUUGUUGAAGAUGACCUAUUCUUUGUUUUUGAUGAAGAACAAGAGUAGAGGAAACGACGCGCAUUCUCAACUAGGAUACGUACAGCAGCGGCCUGGUGCAGCACUGGUCCAGCUAUAGAAGUCAUCGUCCUUAUCAAUUCUUGCGUCGCACCACCAGGUUUCUUAUUCGAGUUUGAUGAUGGUUCUUUACGAGCCGGUCCGCAACGGGCUCACAGCAGUGACGCAAAUUUACGGAUCGCAAACUGCUGCAGUGGAUGUCCCUCUCGCCUCAACAGAGAAGCCGUCCUUCCUUUUCCGCCUUAUGGCGGGGGGCAUUGCCGGGGGAGUUUCCAUCGCCAUCUUCAAUCCUUUCGAGGUUGCAAAGACGAGGAUACAGGCACAAACGACAACGAAAACAGCUGCUGAGAGUGUCGCGGCCACCCGAACAGUAACGUCAGUGUUUAAAGAAGUGCUGCGUGUCGACGGGCCUAGGGGGUUAUGGAGUGGGGUGCAGCCAAACGUGAUACGAACUUUCCUAGUCAAUGCAGCGGAACUGGGAACCUACGAUCAAGCAAAGACUGAACUUUUUGUGCCCAUCUUUGGCGAUGGCCUCACUUCGCACGUCGGAGCGUCAGGAAUCGCGGGUUUUGCUUCAGCCUGCGUAAGCACGCCUGCAGACGUGGUGAAGACGAGGCUCAUGAAUUUUAUGAACGAGGAACGUAGUGCACGGAUAUUUCGUAUAGUAGCGACUACUAGUACUAGAAGGUGGUGAGUUGAAACAAAAUUCAACUUAGAACUAUAAGAUCUUAGGCAGAUCGCAGAGUAGACGCACAUCAUCAGAACUAUAAGCGUCAGAUGAAGAAUAUCCUAAUUGUGUUGAUUUUUCGUUUUCAUACCAUCCGCGGGUGUUAAAGAAAAGCAGUAUUCCGGGAUGACGGACGCGCUUGUGUCGAUAGUAAAAAACGAGGGCGUCGGCGCUCUGUACAAAGGAUUUCUUCCGAUUUGCGUGCGAAAACUAAUUUGGGUGACCGCUUUUUUUGUAUCGUACGAGAGGGUGCGCGUUUUGGUGUGAGGGUGCUCCAGACAAGUGGAUUGGUGUUAUUUCUUAUCUUCGACUUCGGGUUCAGCUAUAGCUAUUAAGAUUCGGAGAAAGGUAGCGAAUUACGAAGCACCUAAAGAUUUGAGGGGAGCGCGGGGAUAUUUUAAUUAGGGUUUUUUUGUGCGUUGACUUUCAACUUACCGUGAGUCUCGAAGUACGUUGACUCUAUCACUGAGCACACGAAUAUUGCGUUGCUCUUGCUGGGACCCAACGGGAUGAAAAACUCAUAUAACAGAGCAGUUUAUAGCACGCAUGGCGCAUGGAGUAGCAUGGAGCGCAGAGCUCUAAGGGACGCAAGAAGCGCCCCCUUUAGCUCCAUGCGAUCCAUGCACUCCAUGCCAUGCGAGCUGGCAAACCAUCUACAUUACUCUGAUAGAUAUAAAUAGAUGAAAGAUGCUUAUCGUAUUUCAUCAAUGGACACGAAAAGUGAAUGACGAUGCGAAUGAGGGCCGGCGAUUCUGAUUUUUAUCGCAGCCGAUUCCAAUAGUAGGCUACGAGUUCAGGACUUCGUCAAUAAGAUGGAUUGGCCGUGCGUUAAAACGAGAGUUUCUGAAAAUGGUGGAGCGUGAGGCUGCGAGUGCGACGUG